AUGUCCUAUCCUCAGGGUUACCUCUACCAGCCCCCGGGCUCUCUGGCUCUUUAUUCGUGUCCGGCUUACGGGGCCUCGGCUCUGGCUGCCCCGCGGAAUGAAGACUUGGCGAGGUCGUCCUCUGGCUCAGCCUUCAGUCCUUACCCUGGAUCGGCUGCUUUCUCCGCCUCUGCCAGUGCAGGCUUCUCCAGUCCACUGUCAUACUCCACGGAUCCAACUACUGGAUUCCCAUCCUACAUGAGCUCUCCAUAUGACGCACACACGUCGGGCAUGGCCGGGGCAUUAAGUUACCACCCAUAUGGGAGUCCAGGGUACCCAUACCAACUCAACGACCCGGCUUACCGCAAAAACGCCACCAGGGACGCCACGGCCACCCUGAAGGCUUGGCUGCAGGAACACAGGAAGAACCCGUACCCGACCAAAGGGGAGAAGAUCAUGCUGGCCAUCAUCACCAAGAUGACGCUGACGCAGGUCUCCACAUGGUUCGCCAACGCCAGGAGGAGACUCAAGAAGGAGAACAAGAUGACCUGGGCGCCCAGGAACAAGAGCGAGGACGAGGACGAGGAGGACGGGGACGGAGAGAGGAAAGAAGUGGAGCGCUCUGAAAAAGCGCUGGAUAACAGCGAGGCUUCAGCAGAGGAUGAAGGUAUCAGCCUGCACGUGGACACUCUGACGGACCACUCGUGCUCGGCAGAGUCCGACGGGGAGAAGGUCAGCUGUCGGGGCGAGCUGGGCUCUGACCCGGCCGGCAACAAAUGCGACGAGGACGGCGAGGACCAGAACCACGACCCGCGGGCUCAGCUCUCGCCCAUAUCCGUCACAUCGUCGCCUCUAACGGGAGUAGAAGCACCACUUCUCUCACCACCACCACCACCACCACCUCCAUCAUCUCCACCAGCUCCACAGCCAGCCAGACCUUCUGCGCCUCAGAACCCUACUACAGUCAAGCCCAAAUUGUGGUCGCUGGCGGAAAUUGCUACCUCGGACCAAAAGCAGCAACAUCAGCAACUGGGGCAGCCUGGGCAACCGAACUGCCCCUCCUCCAGCGGUGGCCUCCUUACCCCCCCUACGUCUUCCACCACCUCCCCGGCUGCCAGUUCCCCCUCCCUCUACCCGGCCCCCUCCAUCCUUGGAAGACCUAUUUAUUACACGUCUCCCUUUUAUAGCAAUUACACAAACUAUGGCAACUUCAGCCCCCUGCAGGGCCAAGGGAUCCUGCGGUAUACUAAUUCAUCCGGAGUGAGUCUGGUCGCUGCCGCCGCCGCCGCUGCUGCUGCCGCCGCCGCCGCUGCUGCAAACGAGGGUCUGAGCUCCGAGGCGAGCACAAACCCCAAACACAGGCCAGACUCCCCCCUCGUUAAAAAUAACCCGAACCACAUUGUAGUUGUCGAGCAGCAGCAGCAGCAGCAGCAGCAACAGCAUUUCAGGUCCGCAAAUUUAGAAGCAAAGAAAGGUACGUAAUAAACGCGACGCGGUCCGCUGUUGAACGAAACGAUAACCAUUUUGAAAAAAAAAAACAUUUAGCCUAUUUAAUCUGGUGUUGAAUCUUGAGAUUGUAUUUUUUCUUAAAACGGGGGGAGGAAAGGCAAGCCGCUUCACGGUGGAGGUAGAGCCUGGAGCGAGUUCACUUGUUUGCAAUCCAAAUCAACUGGUUUAUUUCUUUGCGUCACUCUCAUGUGUCAUAGCAGUCAACCCAUGGCUUCUAGAAAAUUAAGACUUUUUUUUUUUUUCAAGCGAGUUUGCAUGAGACACAAGUGGCAUUAUCUGACACAAUUUUGCAGAUUAUCAGAAUUUUUUUUUUUAAGAUUAAUACAAUUUUUAGGGCUGUAUAUGAGACUUCAUGACUUAUUAAGAUGGAUAUUUACAGCGCCGUCGAAGCAAAUUAACGUAUACUAUGGCCUACAGUUCGAUUUUAGCGCAGUGCAUUUUCUGGAAUAAUCAAUUUUCUAAUUGUUAUGUGUAUUUUGGUCUGUCAUUGAAUCAUUAGGUAUCGCAUUAGAAUGCAGGAGGGGUGUGAUAAGAAAAGCAUACUGCAAAUAAAAGUGCAAGAAUACACCUAGCUACAUAUAGAGACAUAAAAAUAAGCCCAUAAUGGACAGGCCCCAAAUCAGUCUAAACACGCGCACACACGCACGCA